AAAAGGAAAAUCCAAAGGCCGAAAAUAUCCAAUUAGGGUUUUGGUCAGUUCUGGGACGCAGCGGCUAACUUCGUCGUCACUGGUAUCUGACGAUCAACGUUGCAGAAGCAAACCAUCUUGUUAACUAGUUGAUUUUGACAUUGUUUUUAAGUGUGGCGUUGAGACGCCAUCUUGCUCUACGCCUUCAAUCAUCCAUUGCACGCACAAGUUUCUGUCAAAUUACUAGCGAGAUGGCAGAUACCGACAGUGGGAGGAGCUUCAAGAGGCGGGACCAGCUUUUAGAAAUGGAACACCAAGUAAGAAAAUGGUGGGACGAAAGUCAUGUUUUCAACGCCGAAGCUAAGGACCAACCUCCCAAAGAAGCCCAAAAGUUUUUUGGCACCUUCCCCUUUCCAUACAUGAACGGAUAUUUGCACUUAGGCCACGCCUUUUCCCUCUCCAAGCUCGAAUUCGCUGCUGCGUACCACAGGUUGACCGGCGCAAAUGUCCUUUUACCCUUUGGCUUCCACUGUACCGGAAUGCCAAUUAAAGCAUCUGCUGACAAACUUCGAAGGGAGAUCGAAAAAUUCGGUAAUCCACCUGUUUUUCCGUCAGUGGAAACAGAGGAGGCGGUCGUUGAACAAAAACCCAAACCUAAUGAAGGAAACAACCCGGAAAAUUUCAAGGGUAAAAAGUCAAAAGCAGCAUCGAAAACCGGUAGGGAGACUUACCAGUGGGAGAUAAUGCGCGGUUAUGGUUUAUCUGACGCUGAGAUUGCGACAUUUCAAGAUCCGGUUCAAUGGCUUCGGUUUUUUCCUCCUUUGGCUGUUGAAGACCUCAAAGCUUUCGGAUUGGGUGCUGACUGGAGGAGGUCGUUUAUCACAACAGACGUCAACCCGUUUUUCGACAAGUUUGUGCGGUGGCAGAUGCGAAAGUUGAAGUUGUUUGGGAAGAUCGUUAAAGAUUUACGACACACAAUUUAUUCGCCUCUGGAUGGACAGCCUUGUGCGGAUCAUGAUCGCGCGUCAGGCGAAGGCGUUAUCCCGCAGGAGUAUACCCUCAUUAAGAUGGAGGUCGUCCCACCGUUCCCUGCCAAAUUCGCACAUUUAGAAGGCAAGAAAGUGUUUCUCGCCGCUGCAACGUUGAGGCCCGAAACAAUGUACGGCCAAACAAAUUCAUGGGUUUUGCCCGACGGCAAAUACGGAGCCUUUGAGAUCAAUGAAUCAGAAGUCUUUAUUUUAACCGAGCGUGCUGCUAGGAAUCUGGCGUAUCAGAGAUUGUCUCGUGUUCAUGAAAAGGCUACGUGUCUGGUCGAGUUGACUGGUCAAGAUCUUAUCGGGUUACCCCUUCGAUCCCCGCUUUCUUUCAAUGAAAUUAUAUACUGUCUUCCCAUGCUCUCGGUUCUCACCGAUAAAGGUACUGGGAUCGUCACCAGUGUUCCCAGUGAUUCCCCCGACGAUUUCAUGGCAUUGCAGGAUUUGAAAGCAAAAGCACCUUUUAGGGCUAAAUUCGGAGUAAAAGACGAGUGGGUAUUGCCUUUUGAGGUCAUCCCAAUCAUCAGCCAUCCUGAAUUCGGUGACAAAUCUGCUGAAAAAAUAUGCACCGACAUGAAGAUCAAGAGCCAAAACGAGAGAGAAAAACUCGAUGCCGCUAAGAAGGUAAUCUACAAAGGCGGUUUCUACGAGGGAACCAUGAUCGCCGGCGAAUACGCCGGAAUGCGUGUUCAAGACGCUAAAAACUUAAUCCGAAACAAGCUUUUAGAACUCAAUCAAGCUGUUGUAUACAGUGAACCCGAGAAGAAAGUCAUGUCAAGAUCAGGUGACGAGUGCGUUGUCGCGCUAACCGACCAAUGGUAUCUAACCUAUGGUGAAUCCAGCUGGCGAGAAGCUGCGGAAAAGUGCUUAGCCAAUAUGAAUUUAUACUCUGACGAGACCCGACAUGGGUUCGAGCAUACGCUGAGCUGGCUGAAUCAAUGGGCUUGUUCUAGAAGUUUCGGUCUCGGGACGCGUAUUCCGUGGGAUGAGGAGUUUCUAGUUGAAUCGUUAUCUGAUUCCACCAUCUACAUGGCGUAUUACACCGUCUGUCAUCUGUUACAGAAAGGGGAAUUAUUCGGUGCCGACACGUCUGCGGUUAAACCCGAGCAGCUUACUGACGACGUUUGGGAUUACUUAUUUCUUUCCGGCCCGGAACCGAAAUCUUCCGAUAUUUCAUCGACCCUUCUUAAAAAGAUGAAGCAGGAGUUUGAAUAUUGGUAUCCCGUUGACCUUCGUGUCUCCGGUAAGGAUCUUAUUCAGAACCAUCUCACGUUUAGUAUUUAUAACCACACUGCGAUAUUUCCCGAAAAACACUGGCCUCGUGGGUUUAGAUGUAACGGUCACAUUAUGUUGAAUUCCGAGAAAAUGUCCAAGUCAACCGGGAAUUUCCGGACGUUGAAACAAGCUAUCGAGGAGUUCUCAGCGGAUGCCACUAGAUUCUCGCUUGCGGAUGCCGGUGACGGGAUGGACGAUGCGAAUUUCGUAUUUGAAACGGCGAAUGCCGCGAUUUUACGACUUACGAAGGAGCGCGUGUGGAUGGAGGAAGUGCUUGCUGCUGAGUCAUCGCUAAGAGUGGGCCCACCUUCUAGUUAUGCUGAUCGUGUAUUUGCUAAUGAGAUGAACUUUGCGAUUAAAAUGACGGAGAAGAACUACGGUGAUUACUUGUUUCGUGAAGCGCUUAAAAGUGGGUUUUAUGACCUGCAAGCUGCGAGGGAUGAAUAUAGGUUUUCUUGUGGCUCGAGUGGGAUGAAUCGUGAUCUUUUGUGGCGGUUUAUGGAUAUUCAAACGCGGCUUAUUGCUCCUAUUUGUCCCCAUUAUUCUGAAUAUGUAUGGAGGAUACUUUUGAAGAAAGAAGGGUUUGUGAUCAAAGCUGGAUGGCCAGAAGCUGAAAACCCUGAUCUUACCCUUCAAAAGGCUAACAGAUACUUGCAGGACUCUAUUACCAAUUUCAGGAAGCUUCUUUCGAAGCAGGCUUCUGGUGGUUCAAAGAAAGGUAGCAAUAUUAAAGCUAGCAUUCAAAGCAAACCAACCACCGGUCUUAUAUUCGUGAACGAACAAUACGAUGGUUGGAAAAGAGAGUGUUUAAACAUCUUACGAGGCAAAUUCGACAAUGAAAACCGAAAGUUCGCACCAGACCAGGAGAUAAUGCAAGCACUGCAGCAGAGUGCAGUAGGCCAGGAAGGAAACUUCAAGCAAAUACAGAAGCUAUGCAUGCCGUUUUUGAGAUUUAAGAAGGAUGAGGUGAUGACACUUGGUGUUCAAGCAUUGGAUCUAAGGCUGCCGUUUGGUGAAAUUGAGGUUUUGCAAGAGAAUCUAGAGCUGAUUAAGAGACAGAUAGGCCUUGAACAUGUUGAAAUUUUGUCCGCUACUGAUUCAGAUGCUGUUGUUAAGGCGGGCCGACAUGCUUCAAUACUGAAACAAACUCCUCCGUCACCGGGGUCUCCGACAUCUAUUUUCUUGACCAAGGAUGAUUUAGCUUGAAGAUCUGUAAAUUAAAGGAAUGGAUAAGAGUUUUGGAAUCUGCUGGUCAAAAUGGAGGCAGCAAAGGUACAAGAAUGCAGUUAGAUGAAGAAGCCAUUUUUCUGCUUCAUUGUUUGUUUGUUUUUUUUUUUUUAAAUACCAACUUUUUGUACUGAAGAUGGAGGUGUCAAUUCUUCAUGUCAUGUUUGUGGAUCUUGAAUAUUUUCUGCUGUUUUUAGCUACAUUUGUGGUCAAUUUUUACGUUUUUUCAAAGUUAUUACCAAUCAUGUUAUUAA